AUGACGUCCAUUAUAAAGUUAACAGCCUUGUCUGGGGCAUAUAGUGAAGGUCCACUGUGCUAUCUACUACAGGUUGAUGAAUUCAAAUUCUUAUUGGACUGUGGUUGGGAUGAAAAUUUCACCAUGGGUGAAUAUAUGGAAAGCUUAAAGAAACAUAUCGGCCAGAUUGAAGCAGUCCUGUUAUCCUAUCCAGAUGGCUACCACAUAGGAGCAUUACCAUACAUAGUUGGUAAAUGUGCUUUAAACUGCCCAAUCUAUGCUACCAUUCCUGUAUAUAAAAUGGGACAGAUGUUUAUGUAUGAUUUAUUUCAGUCCCGACACAACACAGAAGAGUUUGAUUUGUUUACACUUGAUGACGUGGAUGCAGCAUUUGAUAAAAUUAUUCAAUUAAAAUAUUCCCAGAUUAUAGAAAUGAAAGGGAAAGGUCAUGGUUUGACAAUCAUGCCCGUACCAGCGGGUCAUAUGAUAGGAGGAACGAUAUGGAGGAUACUGAAAGAAGGAGAAGAAGAUAUUAUAUAUGCUGUUGAUUAUAAUCAUAAAAAGGAAAGACAUUUAAAUGGUGGUAUCUUAGAAUCUAUUAAUAGACCAGCACUUCUCAUUACUGAUGCAUUUAAUAGUACAUACUUUCAAGCAAAACGGAAAACCAGAGAUGAACAACUCAUGACAAAUAUUUUACGUACAAUGAGGAAAGGUGGUAAUGUUUUGGUUGCCGUGGAUACAGCUGGUCGAGUGUUAGAGUUGUGUCAACUCUUGGACCAAAUGUGGAGAACUCAGGAAUCUGGUUUAGGCACCUACUCUCUAGCAUUGCUAAACAAUGUCAGUUACAAUGUGGUAGAGUUUGCAAAGUCUCAAGUAGAGUGGAUGAGUGAGAAAAUUAUGCGAUCUUUUGAAGAUCGACGGAAUAAUCCAUUUCAGUUCAAACAUCUACAGUUAUGUCACAGUUUGAAAGAACUCAGUAAAAUACCUGAUCCAAAGACUGUGUUAGCCAGUGUACCAGAUUUAGAAUGUGGUUAUUCAAGAAGUCUGUUUCUAGAUUGGUGUGGUAAUCCUAAUAAUUGUAUCAUACUUACAACGAGAUCAUCACCAGGUACAUUAGCGAGAAAUCUUAUUGAACAAUCCCCAAAGGCAGUAUCUUUAACAGUGAGGAAGAGAGUCAGGCUAGAAGGAAGUGAAUUAGAAGAAUAUUUGAAAAAAGAAAAAGAAAAGGAACAUGAAGCCAAAAUGAAAGACAGAGAAGCAGGUUUGUUGUCGGGUGAGUCAAGUGAUGAGAGUGAAGAUGAGAUGGAAGUGGAUGGAGUCUCUUUAGGUGCCAAGGCUAAACAUGAUCUCAUGAUGAAAAGUGAAGGAAGUAGAAAGGCUGGUUUCUUCAAGCAAGCCAAAAAAGCUUAUCCAAUGUUUCCUACCCACGAAGAAAGAAUAAAGUGGGAUGAUUAUGGUGAGAUUAUAAAAGCAGAAGAUUACAUGGUAUCCGAUUUAAUGGCAGUAGAUGAUGACAAGAAACUGGAUAAAGAGCUUGGAUUGAAUGGAGAUGCUGAAAUGGAACCUGAUAUCAGUGAUGUACCUACAAAGUGUAUCUCAAAAGAUGUUACCCUGGACAUCUUGUGUCCUGUUAUUUUUAUUGAUUUUGAAGGCCGUUCAGAUGGAGAGUCUAUCAGAAAGAUUAUUUCAAUUAUGAAACCAAAACAAGUGAUUAUUGUUCAUGGUACAGAGGAAGCUACUGAAUCAUUUGGUGAAUACUGCCGUGUUACUGCUGGUAUUAGUAAAGUAUUACUGCCACGUGUUGAUGAAACUGUUGAUGCUACCAUGGAAAGUCACAUAUUCCAGGUGAAGCUUAAAGAUGCCCUUGUCAGUUCAUUAGAGUUUGCUAAGGCUAAGGAUGCUGAGUUAGCUUGGGUCGAUGGUCAGUUAGAUCUUAUGGUAAGUGCAACUGAUACUGGUAUUUUGUUGGAAGAAGGAGAACUCACAGAAGAAAAUGAAGAUACCGUUAUUACUACUGGGCCAAAACCUAUCACAGAAACUGCUGCCAAAAGAAGAGAAACUAAAAGUGGUGAGGGUGUACCUAUAUUGGAAGGAUUACCACCAAAUGAGGCACCAGGUCAUCAAGAAGUUUUCAUCAAUGAACCAAGACUGAUGGAGUUUAAACAGAUACUGCUACGAAAUGGAAUACAGGCAGAGUUUGUUGGUGGAGUUAUUAUAUGUAAUAAUAUGGUGGCAGUUAAGAGAAGCGAAGCUGGACUAAUUUUAUUGGAAGGCUCCCUUUGUGAAGACUAUUUUAAAAUACGAGAACUUUUGUAUGAACAGUAUGCAGUUGUGUAAUUUAUGCAAGUGUGAAUCAGAAUAUUGUGUUUCUUUGAUUUGAUCACAAACCAAUAGUUUAGAUUUGUUAAAGAGUCAAUAUUAUAUAUCUGGCUGUAUAAACUCUAUACACGUGUUUGGGACCGAGGAUUUAUAAGAUUCAUUCUGUGUGAUUUUGAUUUUUGUGCGCGACAGUCAAACACAUUUUCAGAGAGAUUUCAGUGAAUGCUUGGAAAGGUUUGAUUGAGUAACUAUAAAUAAGUGUGAUUAUUGCUGUAUUAAAAAUGCAAUACAUCACAAAUUCAUGCUUUGUGAAUAUGCAAAACAGCCUGAGAUGAACACAAGUACAGAUGUUUUUCAUGCAAUUUUGUGAUCAUCUGUCAAUAUGCGUGACUCUUCAAUUCAUGUGAUAUCUUCAUUGCAUAUCAUUCCACUAGCAUAUAUCUAUCUUAUAAAUUGUUGUCGAGUCGUGUAUGAAUGUGUUGACGAGGUCUUCCUUAUUUGGAAAAUUUGCAUCACAUUUAUGCCGCAACAGUGUAGCAUGCUAUUGCAAUUGUUCAAAUCAUGUAAAAUGUGAUUUUGCUUGUAAAAUUAAGACUACAAGGAGGAAAAAAAUCAGGAUAUCACUGAGGGUGUUCAGUAUACAUUAAAUAUACUACCUGUCUGUCGAUAUGAUAAACAUCUUCAUGUGUAUUUUGUGUUAUUCUUGAAAUAAAUUCAUAGUAUCAGGAGUAUACACAGUAAUUUUGUAAUAAUUUUUAUACAGUUACCUGCAAUUGUUUUGUUAACUUUUUGUUGAAAGCAUGUGCGGGGUGGAGUACAUGUAGAGGUGGAAGUUAUGGGAUGGUUCACCAUAAAGAUGGUGGAUGUAGUUAUGUACAGUAGGGUGUAGGAUACAUGUAGAGGUUGGGGUAGGGUGGAAUACACAUUUCAGUGUUGUGUACAUUUAAAUAUACUUACACCAGUAAUUAUUAGGAUUCAACACAUUUAUGUUUAAUUUUUAUGUGCCGAAAUUUAUUCUAAAGCAAUUAAUGCUUAAAUCAGAUUAUUUGAUUGGCUUAGAGGCAUGAACACACUACUGUUGUCACCAUUAUAUACCAUUCAUAUUAGCUACUCUUGGAGGCUUUUAGUAGGUGAUGUGUUAAUCAGACAGCCUGUGACAAUUUGUG